AUGAGUUUUAUACAUGACAAACAUCAUCACACAAGUGCUAAACUCGUUGGUAAUGCAGUGAAGCGAAAGUUGAAAGAUUCUCGCACGAUAUACACACCAAGUGAUAUAAUCAGAGAUGUGAAACAAAACUUUGGUGUCACCAUUAAUUAUUGCAAAGCUUGGAGAUCGAGGGAGUUAGCUCUAAUGUCCACUAGAGGUUUAGUAGAGGAGGCAUAUUCUCUCAUUCCAGCUUAUUGUCAUGAAUUAGAGCGUGUGAAUUCUGGUACAAGGACAUACAUCCAGAUCGAUGAGAACAAUCACUUUUUGUAUUUUUUUAUGGCUGUUGGGGCAUGUAUUAGAGGGUUUCAAUCUUUGAUGCGGCCAGUCAUUGCUAUGGAUGCCACGCAUUUAAAAUGUAAGUAUAAGGGUGUCCUCUUUGUUGCUAAUGCAUUUGACGGAAAUCGAAAUAUAUAUCCUCUUGCUUUUGGAAUUGGGGAUUUAGAGACGAAUGCAUCAUGGCAUUGGUUUUUCAGUAAACUUCAUGAAGCCAUUGGUGAGUGUCCAAAUCUUGUGAUUAUUUCUUAUUGGAAUAUUAGCAUAGAGAAUGUGUGGCACAACGUUUUUCCAACGGCGCAACAUGGCAUAUGCUUUUACCAUAUGAAGGGAAACAUGAAAGGCACUUUCAAAUUGAAAAAACAUGAUAAAUUAUUGCUAUACUUUGAACAAGCUGCGAAAUCUUAUGGUAUCGCUAAAUUUGAUCGUCAUUUUCGCAAGAUCAAGGGAAAUGAUGAGGUUGCUCAAUAUCUUGAAAGUGCAAGAUUACACAAAUGGUCUAGAGCUCACAUGGAUGGACGUCGAUACAAUGUAAUGACAACAAAUAUUGCAUAG